GGGCAGAGAUGGCCCGGAGCGGCGCCCUCGGGCCUUGGACCGGCCCGGAGGUCGACGCAGCGUACGCCAAGCAGGCUACGUGGACUCCGGGCGACAUCCUUGAGGUCACUCUCUCCCACGGCGGGGGGGAGGCCGCAGGGACGGGCAUCUUGGCGAUCACCGAGCACCUCGAGGGCCGCGUCUUCAGGGGCAAGAUGAUCGAUUGCGAGGACGCCUACUACCACUGGUGGCUCUUCGAGGACCAGGGCGGCGCCCGCAACCCAGGGCACUACCGGGUUUGCACCGGCGCCAAGGACGACAACCAGCUCCGCUACAAGAAGGAGCCGGUCACGGCAGUCUCCCGCUGGCGGGUCCUGAACGCAGAGGGCCUGAGCCCGGACCUCGGCGUGGUGCCGUGGCUCGGCGGGGAGCGCCUCGGAAAGGCGGCGGCGGGAGAGCGCCGCGGGGCGGGCGGCGCCGACCUCGGCGGAGAGUCGGGGGGCGGCGCGGACCGCGGGGUCGGAGGCGAGCGGGGCGGCAGGCCCGACCCCGCGGACGGCCCGCACGGCAACGCAGCCCGCCCGCGCCUGGUCCCGCGGCCAGGCGGCGGCGACGUCGAGGGCGACCUCCGCUCUCUCGAGAGGCACCUCGAGCGCGGCGCUGGCCACAAGCGGCAGGGCGCGCGCGAGCGCCGGCGGGGCGGCGACGGCGACGGCCGCGAGGGCGCGCGGGGCGACGAGGGCGCUCGCUUCCACGGCGCACCCACCCCUCCGGCGGACCGUCGCGAGGACGCUCGCGGCGUGUCGCCCGCGGCGGAGAGGGGCCGCCGGGACCGCGCCCGCGACGCAAGCGUGCGCGCCAGGCGAGGCGCCAGCCCGCGCAGCCGCGGGCGCUCCCGGGACCGUAGCCGCAGGCGCUCCCAGGACCGCAGCCGCAGGCGCUCGCGGGACCGCAGCCGCGGGCGCUCCGACGGCCGGGGCGCCGCGGGCAGCGGGGGCAGGCGCGGCGACGUCCCGGAGGUGGCCGGCGACGGCGGCACCCGCGAGGUGCGCUGCGCGGACCCGCGGGCGCGGAGGCCCCCCCAGGGCUUCCGCAGCGACCCGCAGGCCCGCCUCAUCGACUGGGCGCGCAAGCACCCCGGUCGCCUGGCCGCGCGGUCCCUCCAGACCAUGGAGGACCGGACGGGCAGGGACGGCGAGGCGGGCACCUGGGAGCCGACGGACACGCCAGCGUCCGCGAAGGCCUACUACCUGAGGGUCUUGAAGUCGACCUCGGCAGGGGUCCGCAACCUCCGCGAGAUGAACACCAUCUGCGCGGCGCUGGACCACCUGGCGCUGGGGCGGACCAAGAGCUGCGCCGACCUGCUCACCCAGCGUCUCAAGGCGGUCGAGAUGGCAGCGACGGAGGGCCAUUGGGACCGCGCCCAAUACCUCGAGUUGCUCGAGUCGGACACGGUGUCCCUCCGCACCAAGGACGAGGAGUACAUGGUCACGAAGGAGCAGGAGCUGGCGCAGAGGGUCCGGGGCCACGAGAAACCUACCUACGCCGGCGCUUGGCCGAAGUCCGGGCCCGGCAAGGGCUACCAGGAGUACUACCAGGACAAGAAGGGGGAGGCAAAGGGCAAGGAGAAGAAGGGCAAGGGCGACGCGAAGGGGGACAAGGGCCGGCUGCAGGGGGCCGGCUCCGUCGAGGAGUGGGCCGGCGCUGUGGCCGCGCUGAGCGGGGGCAUCGCGUCUUCUCGGCAGUCCGUGCACCUCCUCGCCCUGGCGGGCAGGUACAACCCCACUCGUCUCGGCUGUUUUGAGCGUCUCCUGCGCGUGGAGUCGGCGCAGUUCCGCAACUUCGCCGCGCGGUCCGCCCUUCCUCCGGGGGGCCGCGAGGCGGCGGUGCAGGUGGCGUUGGGCGUCGUGCUCGGCCUCAAUUUCCUCGCCUGCGCCGGGUGGACCGCGACCCCCAUCUGCUUGGGGGCGUCGGCCGCCCUUUCCCCGGCCCAGGGUGCGUCGGUGCAGCACAUUUGGGCUGGGGUCGUCGAUUUCGUGGAGGCAGGGCCUUACGAUUUCGACUUCGCACGGGUGGCGGAGGAGAUCCAGUCGAUAAGGGUUUCGUAUUCUGGGGAGGCGGUUUCCAGGCGCAGGAGCUUGGUCGCCUCGCUCGUCGUGCCCGUGUGGCCCAAGCCAGGCCACGCCUGCGUGCUCGCCGUGGAGGACUUCUUGCCAGAGGAGCUGAAGGACGACAUGCUCGACCCUCGGAGGUGCUUGUUGCCGCGCUCGCAGUGGCCGCUCGUCACGCCCAGGUCCACAGUGCACGCCUCCACGGCCGAGUGGUACUCGUUGGUGAAGGCCGCGGCCACCCUGGGCUUGUUCGAGGAGGUGGAGGAGGAGGACAUUUUUAGGAACCAGUUCGGGGACCUCAUUUUGGGCGGUGCCAUGGGCGUGGAUAAGGUCAAAAAGGUCGGCGAGAGCACCGAGGUAUUCUUGAGGUUUAUCUGCAUAUUUUGUCCGAUAAACACAUGCAUGCGCCGUCUGCGAGGAGGUAGCGACCUGCUCCCGUUUCUCGGCCAGCUCGGGUUGGUUCUGCUUGGAGAGGGAGAGACGUUCUCGGUGGACUCGGAGGAUAUGGAGUCUUGCUUCAACAUCUUUCGUGUCCCUCCGGCCUGGCGCGGCUACUUCGCCUUCUCCAAAAAGGUGUCCCGCGCCGCCUUCGGCGGCCCUGCUGCUGAGGAGACGUGCGUGUGCAUCCGCUCUGUCCCCAUGGGGUGGAUCGGAGCCGUCGACAUCAUGCAGGCCCUCGCACGGCGGCUGGUGUACGAAACCGUCCCCGUCGACGGGGCCACAGAGUUGCGGAAGGACGCCCCUGUCCCCACAGGCGACGUCUCCUUGGUCUGCAUGGGCGGCUUCGACUACGUCUCGCGGGUGCGGGGGCUGCUUGAUGCAAUGGGUCCCGGCUCAGCGGAGGGCUCUGGGUCGGUCCCGCAUCGCCGCUUCGUAGACGUAUGCGGCCGCCUUCGCAUCCCGUUGAACGUCGGCAAGUCUGUUGUGGAUUCCCUUCGGACCGGCAUUCUGGGAGGGGAUUUGGACGGGCUCCGUGGCUGCCUCCUGCACAGCCGGCUGAAGGGCCACGCUUUGGCCGGGAAAUCCUUGGUUCUAGCUUCCACCCGGAGCUGGACGCAGGGGGCCUUGCAGCACUGGGCUGGGCUUUUCGGUUUUGCGGCGGGCUUCAGGCGGCCAUUGUACUCCGUGCUCCAAGAGGUGUUUCCUUUCCUGGCAGACAGCAACUGGGACCGUGUGGUUGCCCAACCGCCGCCCGAUGAUGUACUUUCGGAGGUGCUCGUGGGCGGCCUCCUGUUGCCGAUGGCUUUCGUCAACCUGCGAGCCCCGGUGCGGCCGCUCAUCGCGUGUUCGGACGCCUCCGAAGAAGGGGCCGGGGCGGCCGUGGCUUCGUCGUUUGUCGACGCACUCGCGCCGGGCGUGGGUGAACAGGCCGAGGACUGGGCAGCCGGGGAGGCCGAGGACGUCCCCGUGUUGCGCCCGUGCGACCGCUCCUUCGACAGCGACACCGGCCGGGCCGGCUUCUCUGAGGCGGGCGGCAAGUCGGCGCUCGAGCGGUUCGACGGCGAGGGCGUCGCUUUUGAGCACUGGAACCCGGGAGACGAAUUUUACGACGACGAGUUUUACGAGGACGAGCACUACGAGUAUUACGACAUGAUCGGUGUUACGGAAUACCCGUUUCUGCUCUGUCAGCGGUACGCGGGCAUCGUCAAGCUCGUAGUUGACGAGAUUGGCCUAAAGUCUCUCCCUGCACAGCCGUCGUCGCGUCUUUCCUGGCUCUGGGGCGCUCUCGUCAGCUCGACGGCGCGGUUGGCCAAGGGGGGGGUCAUCGCUGAGGCUAUCCCGUACCUCGACGCGCUCCUGCACGCAAUGGUCCAGGGGAAGGAGUUGGAUCACCUGCACGAACUUCUCCGACAUGCUGAUUAUCGUGGCUCCGAUGUUCGGCUCGUUUCUGGCCAGCUGGUCGACGGGUGCCGCCGCGAGUUCCCGUGCCCAGCCCCGGCCUGGCGGUGGGAGACUAUCAUGGCAUGCCCUUGGCGCCAGCAGCAGCACAUCAACGCGCAUAUCAGGUACGAGGCAAUCACCACUGGCACAAUUCACCGGUACGAGGUGGCAAUUCUCCGUUUCUUCCAAUUCCUUCGGCUACAUGACCGAGUCUACCCAGCAACCCUGGCGGAGCUCGACGUGGAGGUGAGCGAGUUCAUCAACCAUUUGUACCAGGACGACUCCCCGUUGUAUUGGGCAACUGAUUUGGUAUGCGGGUUCAAACGGUUCUAUCCUAAGUGUAAGAGCCAUUUGGAUACAUCCAGCCAGUAUCUCAAUAACUGGACCCGGGCAGUUCGGAGGACGCGUGCUCUACCUCUCCCAGCGGACGCUUGCCUUGCCAUGGCCAGCAUUUCCCUGCUCUGGGGGUGGCCGCGGUUUGGCCUAUCGCUGCUGUUGGGGUUCCUGGGGCUCCUCCGCACUGGCGAGAUCCUGUCCAUUAUGAAGAAGCAGGUAUCCAUAUUGGGCGGCGGCUCCCUACUGGUCAUUGCCCUCCCCAACAGCAAGGGGGCAAAUCGGCAAGGCAGGCCGGAGUAUGUGCGCAUCCACGACACUGAAGUGAUCAGGGCUGUGGCUCUUCUGCUGGGGUCCCUGAGCCCCGACGAGAGGCUGUUCCCUGGCGGGUUCAGGCGGUUCUCGCAGCUGCUCGAGGCCACAGCCAAAGCCAUCGGCAUCGCCCACCCUAACCUCGCGCCCUACACGCUGCGCAGGGGCGGCGCCACGUGGCACUUCGGUAUUUUUUUGUCUUACGACGCAACGCAAGAGCACGGGCGUUGGCACCAUCGAACAACGGCUAAAAUCUACAUCGACCAGGCUACUGCUGAGAUGAGCGAAAUUGCAAUUUCAGCUGACAAGCAGAAGGUCCUCGAGUGUGCCAUUCGG